AUGUACCUGUACUAUGGGCUCUCAUCGCUGGGCCCCAGCGUUCAGCCGUACCUUUGGUGGAAGAAGUACAUCACCCAGUUGCAGCUGGCGCAGUUUGCCAUUUACGGCGCCUACACAGUGCCGUUCUUUUUCCUGCAGGAGGGCUACCCACUAAAGUUCUGGGCCUACGUCGGCUUCCCGCAACCCUUCAUCUUCUUCUACCUUUUCUAUCGCUUCUACCAGAACUCGUACAUUGCCGCCGCCGCCAAGAGGAAGCAAGAUCUGCAGCUGGAGAGGGAACAGCUGCACCUGAAGAACGGUAAUCUAGCGCACAAACUGAACGGCAGCGCCAAUGGCGGCAUCAAUGACGCCAACAACAACAACAGCAACAGCAGCAUUUGCACGGAGAUUAGCAGCAACGGCGGCAGCAAAAAGGAGCUGUAA